AUGGAUCAAUACCCUGAGCUGACGGACGUGGUCAAGGUUUUGCCCUCUGGGGAAGCGGUAAUUGUUGAUCGUCAAAAGUCGUUGGAAAGGAUGACGUUAGUAUUCUACUGGUCCAUCAACGUCGGCGCUCUUUUCCCAAUUCCAAGUGUUUACAUCGAAAGAAGAAUCGGGUUUUGGUUCGCUUUUUUCAUUCCGAUCAUUAUAUUUCUCAUUAUUCCGUUUGUAUUUUGGUUCGUGCAUCCCAAGCUUAAAAAGGAAGAACUCCAAGGCUCAGUUCUUGUUAACACUAACAAAAUAUUGAGAGUUCUGUUUAGAGGAAACUGGAUCAAAAGGUUGAAGCAAAGAACAUUUUGGGAUUAUGCGACUCCAACAAAUAUGAGAGCGAGAGGUGAACAAUACUUUAUAACAAAGAAAAAGAAACCAAUCACUUGGACUGACCAAUGGGUGUUGGAUGUCAAGCAAAUUGUGAAUAUUUGUAAAGUUUUUCUGUACUUCGUGGUCUUCAAUCUAUGUGAUGCUAGUAGUAGUGGAGCGACGCCAGCAUUAACUGCUCAAUCAGGAUCUAUGACAAGCGAUGGAACACCAAAUGAUAUGUACAGUAACUUCAGUGCAAUAUCAAUUGUUGCACUUAUACCAAUAUUGGAUUACGGGAUUUAUCCUUUAUUGCGUAAAUGGAAAAUCAAUUUUUGGCCUUCAUGGAGAAUCACUCUUGGUUUGCUCUUUGCAGCUUUGACUCAGGUAACAGCUGCUAUCAUUCAGAAAAAAAUUUAUAACACAAUUGAAUGUGGUGACCACGCCGCAGAAUGUGUAGAAAAGGGAAUAGUAGCACCAAUUAAUGCAUGGGUCCUGGUGACACCAUACAUUUUAUCUGCUGCAGGUGAAUGCUUUGCCAACACUUCUGCUUAUGAAUUAGGUUAUACUAGAGCUCCACCACACAUGAAAGGUUUUGUUCAGGCUCUAUUCUUAUUUGCAACUGGCAUAGCUGCAGCCAUAGCUGACGCUAUCAGCCCUGCAUUGAAAGACCCAAAUUUGGUUUGGUAUUUUACAUCGUUAGCAAUUGUCGGUGGUGUAUUCACUUUUCUUUUCUUUAUUCAUUUUAGAAACUUGCAUAAGACUAUGGAACAUGAAAGAAAGAUGAGAGCCAUAUUAAUGCGUAAACUGGAGAAUGAAAUCCAAAAUUCAGAAGGGGUUACCUCGAUCACAUCUGCUGUUAAACAAUUGUGA